GGGGAAGCCCUCGUUGGCGGCCAUUUUGGCGGCGCCUCCUCUCUCUGGCCUGCUCAGUUACCACGUGAACCGGCCGCCGCCUGGGGCUCGCUGCGGAGCAGGGGUAACCGGGCACAGGCAUCCCGGCGGCUAGGGAAGCCGCGCACAGUAGAAGGGGGAGUCGCCGUAGCAAACGACGGCAGUACUGGCGGUAGCGACGCCCUGGCGUGGAGUCCCUCCUGAGAGGCGGCGGUAGGGGUGGUGAUCAGGCAGCGGUAGAAGGGAGCGGGGUCCCCGGCCCGGUCGAGCAAGAAGGGCGGAGGCGGCGGCGACAGCAGUAGCAGAGACAAUGCCGUCAGUGAGCCUCCCGCCGAAGGAAAACGCGCUCUUCAAGCGUAUCCUGAGGUGCUAUGAACACAAACAGUACAGGAACGGUCUGAAAUUUUGCAAACAAAUACUUUCUAAUCCAAAGUUUGCAGAACAUGGGGAAACCUUGGCUAUGAAAGGACUGACAUUAAAUUGCUUAGGUAAAAAAGAUGAGGCGUAUGAACUGGUUCGUAGGGGGCUAAGAAAUGAUUUGAAGAGUCAUGUCUGUUGGCAUGUCUAUGGUCUUCUUCAGAGAUCAGACAAGAAAUAUGAUGAAGCCAUCAAAUGUUAUAGAAAUGCACUGAAAUGGGAUAAGGACAAUCUCCAAAUCUUGAGGGACCUUUCACUGCUACAAAUUCAAAUGAGAGAUCUAGAAGGUUACAGGGAAACUAGGUAUCAGUUACUUCAGCUUAGACCUGCACAAAGAGCAUCAUGGAUUGGCUAUGCUAUAGCUUAUCAUCUGCUAGAAGACUAUGAAAUGGCAGCAAAGAUUUUGGAGGAAUUUAGGAAGACCCAGCAGACAUCUCCUGAUAAAGUAGACUAUGAGUAUAGUGAGUUGCUAUUGUAUCAAAAUCAAGUUCUCCGGGAAGCAGGACUUUAUAAAGAAGCUUUGGAUCAUCUUGGAACCUAUGAAAAACAAAUCUGUGACAAGUUAGCAGUUGAGGAAACUAAAGGAGAACUUCUGUUACAACUCUGCAGGCUGGAAGAGGCAGCUGAGAUUUAUAGAGGAUUGCAAGAAAGAAAUCCUGAAAAUUGGGCUUAUUAUAAAGGUUUAGAAAAAGCACUUAAACCAGCUAAUAUGUUAGAGAGGUUCAAGAUCUAUGAAGAAGCCUGGACUAAAUACCCAAGGGGACUAGUUCCAAGACGACUGCCAUUAAACUUUUUAUCUGGUGACAAAUUUAAGGAAUGCUUGGACAAAUUUCUGAGGAUGAAUUUCAGCAAAGGCUGCCCCCCAGUUUUCAAUACAUUACGGUCACUAUACAAAGAUAAAGAAAAGGUGGCAAUCAUAGAGGAACUGGUGGUGGGUUAUGAAACAUCUCUGAAAAGUUGCAGGCUAUUUAACCCAAAUGAUGAUGGUAAAGAAGAACCUCCAACAACUUUACUCUGGGUCCAGUACUACUUGGCACAGCAUUAUGACAAAAUUGGACAGCCAUCCAUAGCUCUAGACUAUAUCAAUGCUGCAAUAGAAAGCACACCCACAUUGAUAGAACUGUUCCUUGUGAAAGCUAAAAUCUAUAAGCAUGCUGGAAACAUAAAAGAGGCUGCAAGGUGGAUGGAUGAGGCUCAGGCACUGGACACAGCAGAUAGGUUUAUCAAUUCCAAAUGUGCGAAAUACAUGUUAAAAGCCAACUUGAUAAAAGAAGCUGAAGAAAUGUGUUCUAAAUUUACAAGGGAAGGAACAUCAGCAGUGGAAAAUUUGAACGAAAUGCAGUGUAUGUGGUUCCAGACAGAAUAUGCCCAAGCUUAUAAAACAAUGAAUAAAUUUGGAGAAGCACUUAAAAAAUGCCAUGAAAUUGAGAGACAUUUUGUAGAAAUCACAGAUGACCAGUUUGACUUCCACACAUACUGUAUGAGGAAAAUUACACUUCGGUCAUAUGUAGACUUGUUAAAACUAGAGGAUGUACUUCGACAGCACCCAUUUUAUUUUAAAGCUGCAAGAAUUGCCAUAGAAAUAUACUUGAAGCUCCAUGAUAACCCUCUGACAGAUGAAAAUAAAGAACAUGAAACUGAUACAGCAAACAUGUCUGAUAAGGAGUUAAAGAAGCUACGCAAUAAGCAAAGGAGAGCUCAGAAAAAAGCUCAACUAGAAGAGGAGAAAAAGAAUGCUGAAAAAGAGAAGCAGCAACGAAACCAGAAAAAGAAAAAAGACGAUGAUGAUGAAGAAAUUGGAGGGCCAAAGGAAGAGCUUAUUCCUGAGAAAUUGGCAAAGGUUGAAGCACCUUUGGAGGAAGCUAUUAAGUUUUUAACUCCGUUGAAGAAUUUGGUGAAGAACAAAAUAGAAACCCAUCUUUUUGCCUUUGAAAUUUACUUCAGGAAAGAAAAAUUUCUUCUCAUGCUACAGUCUGUGAAGAGAGCAUUUGCUAUUGAUCCUAGUCAUCCAUGGCUUCAUGAGUGCAUGAUACAUCUCUUCAGCAGUGUUUCUGAAAGCAAAGAUCUACCAGAAACAGUCAGGACAGUGUUGAAUCAAGAAAUGAAUCGACUUUUUGGGGCAACUAAUCCAAAGAACUUCAAUGAAACUUUCCUUAAACAGCACUAUGAUUCACUACCACACAGAUUGUCUGCUGCUAAAAUGGUGUACUAUUUGGAUUCUACAAGCCAGAAAAGAGCUGUGGAACUGGCAACUUCACUUGAUGAAUCUCUAGCAAACAGAAAUCUUCAGUCAUGCAUGGAAGUAUUGGAAGCAUUGAAUGAUGGUAGCCUUGGAGACUGUAAAGAAGCAGCUGAAAUGUACAGAGCAAAUUGUCAUAAGCUUUUCCCAUAUGCUUUGGCUUUUAUGCCCCCUGGAUAUGAAGAGGAUAUGAAGAUCACAGUUAAUGGAGAUAUAUCUGCAGAAACUGAAGAACUGGCCAAUGAAAUAUGAACUUUAAAAGGAGUGGAAUGAUUUUGGACUGUAUCUGGUGUAUAAUAUUUUUGUCACGCACCUGCUGAAUUGUUCUAACCUACAGAGAAUGGAAGGAGAAAAAAAAGUUGCCUUCGAAGUUUUACUUUUUUUAUCCUGCUGACGAAGUAUAUAAUAUAAAGUAACGUAUUGCUGGAAAUAGAUGGCUCAAUUAAAGAAAAUUAAAGAAAAGCUAAGCACUGCUAAAAUUGAAAAGUAUCCCUUAUCUACAUAUCCCAUUUUUAAACUAAUUUAUAUGGAAUCUGAAGGCUUAACACCCCAUUGGAGCAGGUGUGUGGCAGAAAUAUUUCUUUAAAUUUGUCUUGUUGAGAUAAGUAUCUCAGACAGCAGAAAUGCUGUUUUAGCACUGGAUCCUUUUCACUGAGCACAAAAAGUUGUUGGGGCUUUAGCAUCUGACUGAUUUUGAUACAGAGAUGAUUCUACCCUUUGGAAGUAUGCAAUGUGAAUCAAUAUUUGCAAACAAACCUGCAACACAUAUUUAAUGUUGUUGUAGAGACUGGGACUUAAAAUAUGAAGCAAAAUAACGAAACAUAAGGUGUUCAAUAAGCUUGUUGUGUCUCCGAAAUUCACUGCACGUGAUCGGUUUGGUGUUCUUGCACCACAGUUUUUAAAUGAAGGAACUGGUUAGAAUAUAUUUUCUUUUAAUUCAGUUUUGAAAAAAAAUGCUGUUUAGGAGAUGAGCAUGACAACAUUGUUGGCUAAUUUUUAAAAAAACUGUAAUGCAAGAACAAAUGAAAUUAUGCACUGUGAUGUGGCACCAACUCGUUAGAAAGAUAGCAUGUAGUUUUCACGUACAGUGAAAAUAUAAAUGAAUAUAACUAUGGCUUGAAAUUUUUGAGAGAGGAACUCCUGACUACCAAUUUGACUGAUUGAGAGACUAAUUGUUUAAAACCUCAGCAGGCCUUGUUCACGUUAUGCAGAAAAAAAAAAGUGCUGCAGUUUAGAUACCUCUGGAACUUUUCCACAGUGUCACAGGUUUGUAAUACUUGAAGCCCUACAUUUCUAAGAAUAUAUUUCUUGCUCAGUUGUUUCAGGCAAGCCCAUGACUUUGUAACUUUUAACGGGCCCAAGAUUUUUUUUCAAUAACAGACCAGCUUCUUAUCCCUGCAGUUACAGAUGUAAUUUCCUUUGUCAAACAUAAGGUACCAAAUAUAAUGCAAUAAAAUGUUUUGAAAAAGAGUUGUGUGACUAUAGAAUUUGAAAACUGCUGUCAGGAGAUAUAGUGCAAGUUCAGUGUAAUAUAUUAUUAUCAUAAAAGAUUUAUAUUAGUGUUGGUGAAAUCCCACAAUGCAUAAUGCGACAGUGUUUGGAGACACUACUCCCCUUCUUGCGCUCCUUCUCCAAUAAAGCUAACCACAAUGACUGCCGUUGUGAACAAUAACUUGCAACUUGGCAAUCAUGGGUGCUCAAAUUAGUAGUAAAUACCUCUGUGAAAUAUAUCCCUACAAGGAUAACAAGAAUUUAUAUAGAUUAUCACAUUUGCAAUCAGAAAUCUAAAGUAUAGUGUAGGAAAUGUUAAAAACUAUUGCCUGCCUGAAAAAUCGAACAGCUAACACUUUGUGGUUUUCAUUGUUGUACAUCUCUUUAGAGAUAUCAUUACUCUUUCUGUGAUAAGAACAAUUUAAAAGAUAAGUAUUGACUGAUCAUUCGUCUAGAACUUUCAUCUUUUGAUAUAUGUGCAUCUAACAAAAAUUGUGUGGACCCUGGGGUUAAUCACUCCCUCAUUUUCAUGGGCCCAGUAUAUCUGAGAAAAUCUUUUCCGUGAUUAGUCAAAAGAUGCUAUAUUAACUGCAUUAAUUUAAAAUUAGAGUCAAAGGUAAAGCCUAUCCAUUUAAAAAUCUUGGUAACUUUAUUAUUAUGAAUAAUAAUGGUUGGUGAUACGAUUUUGUUCUUAACUGUUUUUGCACAGUAACAAAUACUGCCUGUAGCCAUAAAACUACACUGCAACCAUUCUGCAUUUUUUAGCUAAAAACCAUACUGACAAAGGACGAGGUUUUACAUGAGGGUUAAUUUAAAGCCUUUCUUUUUCUUCCUCCAUAGUAUUUGGUAACCUAAAAAUAUUCAGAUAUCAGAAAUUCUGUAACAACUCUCUUUUCAAAUUGUCAUUUUCUUUAUACUUAGAACAGUGGGGUGUAUUAUAGCCCAGGCUUUUUAUAGCCUGCAAUUUCAUCAAGACAGACAAAUUUACCAGUGAAUUUUAAACUAUCCACUAUAAAUGUCUUAGAUUUUUAAAAAGAAAAAAAAAGGUCCUUAAGGCUUUAUAACCUUUUUUUUCUAAAACUGCAGAAAGAAAAGGGCCAGAUGAAAAAUUAUAUUUCUUUCCAUGACUGCAGAAACAAAUACUAAAUAUUUGUAAUACUGUUAUUUAUUUGAAAGGAAGACUACAUUUUCCAAAGUAAUUAAAAAUGAGAUGAUCAUCACAGGUUAUAAUCUAAUAUUCCUGGGAAGCAGGGGGUUGAAUUAAAUUCAAGGUUAUCUCAUCAGAUAAAUAUGGUAUUUAUAGGAAAAUUCCAUUCUUGAUAACACUUGUAUGAUACUUAGUCACUUCCAUAGGGAAAAUAAACCCUAGUUUAAAAGUUAACUUUUCUUCAUAUGCAACUGUUAAGAAUGGAUGUGUGUAAAGUUGUAGUGGAAGUUUUUGGUGCUCAAGUAUAAAAUCCUUUUAAGUUUUAGAUUCUUGCACUACAGCUCUGAUGAAUACAAAUAUUGUCAUUGUGGCUAUGUGCAAAUCAUGAUUAAAACAUUAAGAUUUUGAAUUGUUACACUUUUAAGAUUUGAGUAGUGAAAGUAGUUUACUGUCCAGCCAGGUGGCAGUACCUAUCCAAUCUUGGCUGAUCUCAGAAAGCUAAGCAGGGUCAGAAUUGGCCAGUACUUGAUAAAGACCAUCAGAAAAUCCCUGUGAAGUAUUGUACAUUCUGCAUUCAGAAGGGCAUCCCAGAAGGAAAUGGCAAAGCACUAUAUUGUUGCCAAGAAAACAUAAGCGUGUUCAGUACGUCACCAAGAAUUGAACUUAACUUGAAGGAAAUCCAUUUUUACCUAUGGAUUUACUAUUUUACAUUAAAGUUACAUAUUAUGUUUGAAAGGGCUCUCGUUUUCGCUCUUUCUGCAGUGAGAGAAAAAUGGAAUAAGGAGGGGAAAUGCUCCCGCUUAAGGACAAAUACAUCACUAUAAGAGCUGAUUGCGGUCCUUGAUGGUAAACUGCGGGAACUGCUCUGUGCUAACAUGAGUUCAUGGAUCUAGUGUUGGUGUGCAAUAGGCUAUAUAUCACAUGCUAAAUUCUCUAUAAUGCUUUUCACAGUUAUUAAUUUUGUGGAUUAAUGCUGUGAUUCCAGUAUUUGCCAAAAAGCCACGAAGGCAAUGCAGCUGCUGCUGGUCAACAACUGAUAUCCAAGGCUAGAUGUUAAACCUCUAUGAAGCACUGCCUUAGCAGUAGUCACCUCUCCAAGGUCACCUAAGCUUAAGCCCCCAAAUACUACUAAAGUACCAAGAGAAGCGAAUAUAUGU